AUGGACCUCACCAUGCGGGACGCACUGAGUCGCGUGCCAAAACGCCUCGUUCUAUCUUACAUUCUUGACUGGAUCUUCAUUGUCAUUAUUGCACUUAUAGGCUUUGGAUUCUCCAGGGUUAUUCCCAACCAUCACCCGUUCUCCCUGACCGAAUUGAGUAUCUCCUAUCCAUUUGCGGAACUUGAGACCGUCCGGACCAGUGUUAUGGUAGUGGUGUCUCUGAUCGCUCCUGCAAUCAUUAUUGCGAUCUUAACCCUGCUAUUGAUUCCAAUGUCCCCUAAAGAGAAGAGGGUGUCUCGACUCGCCCUCUGGGGAUACAAACUAUGGGAAUGGAACGCAGGAUGGAUGGGCCUGGCGCUCGCUUGCGCUGGGGUAUGGAUGGCAACCGAGGGACUGAAGGAUUUAUUUGGUAGACCACGGCCAGAUAUGAUUGCGCGCUGCGAUCCGGAUCUCUCGAAGAUAGCCGCUUAUGCAGUUGGUGGAUUGGGGGAGAAGCUAGCUGGAGCGCCCACAGUGGUAACUUGGGAAAUAUGCCGGAACAAGUCCGAUGUCUUGAAGAAUGAUGGAUUUUCAAGUUUUCCCAGCGGCCAUUCUUCCUUUUCCUUUGCCGGCUUAACAUAUCUGAGUUUAUGGCUAUGCUCUAAAUUCUCGAUCAGCUUUCCAUAUCUCGGCCACUCAAUCCUGGGCCAGGAGCCAAUCGGCCGCAAAGACGGUUCAAUUCGAAAGCAUGGAGCAGCCCCGCCGGUCUAUAUGGUCAUCAUCGCCUUUGUCCCUAUCGCAGUCGCCAGCUUCAUUGCUGCUUCUCGGUGGUUCGAUAACCGCCACCACGCCUUUGAUAUCCUAUUUGGCAGUAUCAUGGGCAUCCUUUUCGCUUAUGGCGGAUUUCGGCUGUACCAUCUCCCGAUCACACGUGGUGCAGGAUGGUCUUGGGGCACGAGGAGCUGCACGAAUGCCUUCUUCAGGGGUGUCCAAUUCCCUGAUUCCCCGAUGGCAAGUGCGCCGAUAGAUAUGCACGACGCACAGAAGACAACACGAGAGGAUAAUAAUGUUGAGAGAGCCCCAGAGUAUUUAAUCAUUGGAGCCAACAACCACGAUAGCAAGAUCUUCCCGGGAUAA